AUGGUUUCGAUAGGGGAGAGAAGUACCGGACCACUGUCUCGAGUGACAAGAGGUGUAAGUGGUCUGAUCGGGCUGGCCACAGAAAUCCAUGCCCAGAGGCAGUCGAAAAAGGUUGUCCAUCACAAAGAGCUAGAAAGCAUCGACAACGAGAUUCCAAAUGACCAAGGGUGCAGUGUGCGUCCUGGUACGCAGCCGAUCGAACGAGAGCCUCCGCCAGAGUAUACAGAUCGUCCUACUGAAAUCAAGCCUCUUCCACGACCAGUGAUUAUACCUCAACGUCGCCCAAAUACCAAAAGUCGAGGUUUCGCCCGGGCAUAUGCACCUGACCUCUGGCAUUACAAAUGCAUCAAUGAGCAGAGCUUUCUCGACUUUUUGGAAGAGUUCCACAAGUCCUCACAAGCGUCACCUGUCUUCCAAGUUAUCAAUUUGGCGGCUAUCGGUGCUGGCUUUGCACCAUCAGCAAUCGCUAUAGCUGUUUCGUUGGCAGUAACGGCAGCUUCAAAUGCUGCCAUUGAGGUGCAAAGUCGAAUUCGAACAAACAACUACCUCGACAAGGUCAACCAGGAAUUUUUCCAUCCCAAGAACUUGCACUGUAUGAUCAUGACUUUUAAGCCUGAUAGACAGGAAAAUAUCUUCCUGGAUUUGGACUCUAAUCACGGGCCCGUCAGUGCCAAACACAUUAUUCCAGGAGUGUGGCCUGCGCUGUCUACUUGUCCGCAAACCUCACCCAAGGAGAACUUCCGCCAGUCUGAUGGAGUGUCGCACGGUCAGCUAGAGAUUCCACAAGCGGCCCAGCUGAUCUAUGUGGAAAAGACCACGCGCCAUGAUCCAGUAUCAUCACAAGAAACGGAUGGCAAUACGACUGGACUUAAAUCUUCACAGGAACGAAAUUCCUCGUCGUGGAAGGAUACUCGCAAGUUUGUGUCAGAAUACAAAGAUCGGCGUGCACAGGCAACAUUUGCGGGAAAGUAUGGGCAAGAGUCAACUCUGGCUGUUCCUGGAGCAACAGACCCAGCAAAGUUCGCAAGCAGGUUCUCGGAUCCGAACCAUCCUGUCAACUCGGGCCAUCCUCUUGCAUUACUGACAGGAGGAAAGUUUCGCAACUCCGAUGAUGUCAAAAUGCGGCUAGUACAACUUACUGGGAGGCAGUCUGCGCCCUCCUCUGAAGGUCGCGUCGUAUCAGGGGUGAAAAGUAUGGUUGAAAGUCGAAAUGGUUCAAGCUCCGGGUUGAUUGGGGCCGCCAAAGACAUGAUGAAAUCAGAUAUCCUGUACUUGCUAAUCGCGGAGAUUCCGACGGCGGCGGAAAUGGAUCAUUUGCUUGGACAUGUAGAGCUUAGAUAG